CUGCGUACAAAGCAGUAUUAAUUCACCAUGCCGGAAAAAGAAACUUUCCACGAGCAUAUGCAAGUGCACCCAUUCCAUCAUCCAGGCCACUCCCUGGCUGCGCAUCAUGCGCAUCAUCAUCCACAGGCAGGACUGUCCGCCCAUGGGUUAAGUGCAGCAGCUGCAGCUGCAGCGGCAGCGGCGGCGGCCGCAGCUAACGGUGCCGGAUCUGGUGCGUAUGGGCCGCUGCAAAUCCCGUCGGCAUUUGUGGCAUUCCAUACUCAACUGCCUGCUGCCGCGGGGCUGGAUCAGCGAGCUCCCCACGACGGUCGCUACCUUUGGGAUCCUACAGGAUCUUCGUCUGCAGCAUCUUUUCAUCAUCCCCAUCACACCUCACCACAUGGCUUGCCAAGCAAUGCAAAUUUUGCAGAACUACAGAUUUUGAGUGCUCGUCGGGCGGCCGUUGCAGCAGCCGUCGCUAGCGCUGAAGUUGCACAUGUCAGCGGGACAGUAUUACCUCCACAUCCACCCGCUCCAGCAACUGUCGUUCCUUUAACAAUUUCUCCUCCGGCCACAUCUGGUGCUUCAUUGAAGGGAGACGGUGACAGAUCCUGCAGUAACGGUACGACACCGAUCGGUAACGGAACUUCACCGACGGCCGGUGGUACCGGUGCAACCAGUCCAGGACUCCCUACGCCAAACGGAACCACCGGAACAGCUGCCGGACAAACCAACAUCCCCGUACCGGUGCCGCAUCCUAGUGAUUUCCAUCCUGCCUACAGAAUACCGGGAUAUAUGGAGCACCUCUACUCAUUACAACACGCUUCGGCGUCUCUCCACGGUCUAGGAUUGACGUCGGAGUACAUCAAUGCCAGGAACGCAAUUGCGGAUCUGCAUCCAGCCAACUCUCUAGCCAGUGCGGAUUUUCAUUUCAGCAUUGACGCAGCAAGUCGACUAAACAGUCCUCGUCCGGGGAGCAUUCGAGCCAGUGUUAGCCGAAAGCGAGCCCUUUCGUCAUCGCCAUAUUCUGACUCGUUCGAUAUUAGCUCUAUGAUACGAUACUCUCCAAACUCGCUAGCCUCUCUAGUGAACGCGUCGCGCAGCAGCAGCACUAGCGGUUCCUAUGGCCACUUGUCGGCCAGUGCGCUUAGUCCCGCUCUGGGUAUGCACAAUGCAAUGCCACCACACCUGCAACAUCUACUCCGUAGCAGUGGCUUUCUUCACACGCUGCCUGGUCAUCAUACACCAACGGCCAGUAUGUUUUCGCUGUCUCACCAUCCACUGCAUGCAGGACAUUCAUUGAACAAGCCACAGCAAAUAACCGACCUAUCUAACAAAAGACAGGAGCAACCGUCAUCCAGCUCCCAAGUGACUCGGGUCGAAGCGGACAGUGCGAGUAAUGCUCAACAGAAAAAGAUACGAGUCAAACGCGAAAGCACUCCACAUCUUUAUUCGCAGAAAACUAGUGCACAAGAAGACUGUUCGGCAAUGAUAACAUCAAAUCAUCUACCAAGCCCUACAUCUACACAAGGACCUACGAAUGGAACGAUUUCAACCACAUCCGUUACUAAAAAUGGAGGACUUAAUUUGAGCCCAGUCCAACGAGACUUUAGUAACGGAGGGCAAGUGUCAGAACGCAGUGCCGCGCAUGCCGGCGUUGCAAUGGACAUUAGCUGUAACGGCAAUGGUAUGAGCGAUGGUGGUAUGUAUGGAGAGGAUGGCGGGGGUCGUGAUAGUGGCACCAGGGCGGAUACAACGGACCUGAAAGAUGAACCAGGCGAUUUCAUCGAAACCAAUUGUCACUGGCGUGAAUGUUCAUUGGAAUUUAACACACAGGACGAACUGGUGAAACACAUCAACAACGAUCAUAUACAUGCGAACAAAAAAUCGUUCGUAUGCCGUUGGGAAGAUUGUUCGCGUGAUGAAAAACCGUUCAAAGCACAAUACAUGCUUGUGGUGCACAUGCGACGUCAUACGGGCGAAAAACCGCACAAGUGCACGUUUGAAGGAUGUUGCAAAGCAUAUUCAAGACUGGAAAACCUAAAGACUCACCUUCGCUCACAUACCGGCGAAAAGCCAUAUACCUGUGAAUAUCCCGGUUGCAGCAAGGCAUUCAGCAAUGCGUCUGAUCGUGCAAAACAUCAAAACCGAACGCACAGCAAUGAGAAACCGUACGUUUGCAAGGCGCCAGGUUGCACCAAAAGAUACACUGAUCCCAGUUCUUUGCGAAAGCACGUAAAGACGGUACAUGGUGCUGAGUUUUAUGCGAACAAAAAACACAAGGGCAACAAUUACGGGGGCGGCGGCAGCAAUGGUGGUGAUGGCCCUGGAGAGGAUGGCGAAGGAUCUAACCAUAUGUUUGAUAGUAGUCCGCACAGCGAGGACAAGACGACGAGCAUGAGCAGUCCUAGCAUCAAGUCGGAAUCGGAUGCGAAUUCUCCCAGCCAUCCACCCAUCAACAGUCCCAUGUCGCUAUCCGCCCUUACUGCCGGACUUGGUGAGGACUAUCACGAUGGUAAUAACAUGCAAAUGGGUAACAUUGCUGGCAUAGAUGACCCCGUUUGGCCGUACGUGGAUGAAGAUCUGGAAGUGGCCGAUCUUCCGUAUGUACUGCGUGAAAUGGUAGAUCUGGGUGGUCCGACAGGGACCGCCACGGUAUCGGCUCGUAACAAUCCAAGGAAUCGGUUUAAGAAUCGCAUCAACAACAAAGGUUCACUGCUGGGCAGUAGCCCUUUGUGCAACAUUCCGGAAAUGAACAGCCAACACAUGCAAAAUUAUGGGCUAGGCGACCUUAACAAAAAGAUUACUGAUCUCAAGAUGGAACCAGGAGUUACGCCACCUCCUCAACCAAUCUCACAUCCAUCGCCCACAAUCGGCAAAGCCGGACAGACUGAUCCAAUGCGUCCGUUGUUACCACCAGCCUCCACGUCCACGACGAUGAUGAUGAUGAAUGCGUAUCUCAACCCUGCUGCAGCACAGAACCGGCGGGAUAGCAAUAAUAGUACAACGAGCAGCUCAUACUACAGUAUGCGCUCGGCCGACAUAAGCCGACGGAGCAGUCAAGCAUCCCAACAGAGUACAAUAUCAACCAUGCGGCCAACCUACUACACUUCCUCUUCUCUAUAUGAUCCAAUUUCACCGGGCAGUUCACGGCGGUCCAGUUCCAUGUCAACAGUUACAACGGGUGGCCAAAGUUUGCCACCCCCACCUUCUUCCCAUUUGAUAUCUACACACCUUCAGCGAUUUGGAGGAAACGGGCAAACAGUUGGUUCGAUGAGCACUACGACGGGAGGGCACUCUAGUGGAAAUGGAAACGGAACCCGGCACUCAAUACCGAACAAUAUGACCAACAACGGUUUUUACGGUCAGCAGCAGAACGAACUAUCCUCACAAAUGGACAGACGUAUGUCGGAGCCAGUUGCUAGCGGCUCUAGCGCAAGUGGUACAGGAUCAAUGAUGGGACGCUUGAACUCUCAGUAUAUGAACCGCCGUAUGGGCGGCACGGUAAACAAUGCAACAACAACGCGUGGCAAUCCAUCCGCAACAAUCACAUCCGCACCCACAUGCACAGCAACUUCUGUAGUAGAGCCAGGAACGCCAACGACCAAUAGCAAACUACCAGCCCCUCCCGCAACAGGCAAAUUGCAUCCUAACCAGGAAGUAGUGCUGGAUGAAGUAGAAGAGGGAGAAAUGGUAGAAAACAAGCUGGUUAUACCAGACGAUAUGUUGCAGUAUCUCAACCAAGUUGCUGAUAUGGCUGGAGAGACGGGACCAAAUAGCAAUAUGCCAGCCAACUCAAUUGUUCCUACAGGCAGCGCUCUUACAAGUCCCAGAAGUAACGCUUGGAACACACCUCAACACGAGAGCGAACCAACCAUGGCCAACAAUAAUCCAAUAACCAUGGGACACUCGGAGACGUCUACCAAUAUGAUAGCAAACUUUACCCAACCGCGAUCAACUACAGCCAACAUCUUGAUGAGCCCCCAGUCUCAGUAUAGUAAUGAUGAAUCCAGUCUUAUGAACAAUAUCAUGUCCCCGCAGGCACCGCAACAUCAAAUGAUGUCACCGAUGAUGCCAGAAACUGUACCGGCGGCGCCAGUGACACCUACCUCUAACAAUUACUCGGCACCGUCUGCAAAUAUGCCACCACAACAGAUUCAAUCACAAGCAGGGGUCUCACAAACUACGCCAGUCCAAUGCCAAAUAAUGCAUAAUGGUGUACAGAAUUUUGGCAACGAAAACCAAAACUAUUCUUUGGUCAACGGAGGUAAUUGCUAUUCUCAACAACAACAACAGGUGCAACAACAGCAACAGCAACAGCAGCAGCAGCAGCAACAACAACAACUACAACACCAACAACAAUCCUGCAAUGGUCGUCCUCGCCCAAUUGCUUGUUCUAACUUGAUCGGAUAUUAUCACAGAACCGAUCAAAGUGCUCAUCACUGUUGUCUGGCAAUGAUGAUGCAGGGAUCGCUUCACAUCAACCAACCAACUAACAGCGCACCCAGCCAGCACCAAAAUUGCAAUGCUUCUUCGCUCCAGCCACAGUCACAAAUGAAUCAGUUUAAAAAUCCUUUCAGUCUUAACCUCGCCAGUUUUAAUACGGGUAACAAUACAAAUCAAAACACUGCGGUUAUGGGUAGUAAUCCGGAUUCGAACAUUGAGAUACAAUGUGGGGACAUCAGCCAAUCACAGAUGUCGCCAGCGAUCGCAGCAAUGGCUCCAUCUAGCAACAAUCCUGUACUUGCCGUUGAAACCCGGCAACAUGCAGCAGAUAUCGAAGUGGCACCACCAGUGCCAUCUCAACAACCGAUGGAAAGCAGUCUACAGACGCCUCCAUUGCCUUCUACGCCUACCGGUUUUGGAGAAACUGUUCCCGGGCCACAACCAGUACCAUUACCAAUGUCCCUUACAGCAGAUGCCGGCAUGUCGAUGGGCCAAACUGACAACGGGAAUGCCAUGGGUUCGGAUACGUAUCAACGAACGCUGGAGUACGUGCAAAACUGUCAGAAUUGGAACGAAUCCGCAGAUAUGGUCAGCAGUAGCACCCAUCCAUCGUCAAAUCUUGUCAUUAACGAUAUGAGUACAUCGUUGAGUUCGUACUUCGAGGAGGAUCGCUAUCUCCAAAUGAUACAAUAGAUAUUCGAUUGCCAUUAACGAUUACAAGCAGAUUU